AUGACGGAGACUGAGAGCGCCCCAGCCGCCGCUCCUCCAGCGGAGGCCGCCGCCAAGAAGAAGCCGGCUAAGAAGGCGUCAGCCGGAGGAGGAGCCAAGAAAGGCAUCAAGAAGGCGUCCGGUCCCGGCGUGUCCGAGCUCCUGGUCCAAGCCGUGUCCGCUUCCAAGGAGCGCAGCGGGGUGUCCCUGGCCGCCCUCAAGAAGGUCCUGUCCGCCGGAGGAUACGAUGUGGACAAGAACAAGAGCCGCCUGAAGAUCGCCCUCAAGGCGCUGGUGACUAAGGGGAGCCUCGUCCAGGUCAAAGGUCAUGGGGCCUCCGGAUCGUUCAAGAUGAAAAGCAACAACAAGAAGCCAUCGGCGGCGGCCAAGCCCAAGAAACCGGCCGCCAAGUCCCCCAAGAAGAAGGCGGCCAGCAAAGCCUCCACCGCAGCCAAGAGCCCCAAGAAGAAGCCGGCCGCCAAGAGACCAGCAAAGGCUGCAGCCAAGAAGGUGACCAAGCCGAAAAAAGGCGCCAAGAGUCCCGCUAAGGCCAAGCCGGCAGCUAAGAAGGCGGCUAAGCCCAAGAAGGCCGCUCCGAAGAAGAAAUAA